UUCUAAUCAAGCUACGUUCUCCUAUUGCUUUCAGAUGUUCGAUGAUAUCAUUUUUGCCUUCUUCUCCCUGGAGAUGACCAUAAAGAUGGUGGCGAUGGGGAUUUACGGUAAAGGAACUUAUCUCGCGGAUUCCUGGAAUAGAUUAGAUUACUUUAUAGUGCUAGCUGGCGCUAUGGAAUACUGCCUAAACGUGGAAAAUAUGAAUCUGUCAGCCAUCCGAACGAUAAGAGUAUUAAGGCCGUUACGAGCGAUCAAUCGAAUACCAAGUAUGCGGAUACUGGUGAUGUUGCUGCUCGACACACUUCCCAUGCUGGGCAACGUCUUGUUAUUGUGCUUCUUCGUCUUCUUCAUAUUCGGCAUUGUCGGCGUGCAGCUUUGGGAGGGCAUACUGCGCCAACGCUGCUUCCUCAAGGCUCUGCCCAAUGUCAAGUAUCCCGACGAUCUGGAGAAGUUUUUCGAGUAUCAGGGUCAGGAUUACAUUUGUUCGCGUCCCGACGACAGCGGGAUGCACUCCUGCAGUAAUCUGCCGCCUCUGAAAGUUGGGAACGUGGUGUGCAACAGUACCGCCGUGCCAAACAGUAACGUCACGUUCAUCAACAAUGAUACCUGCGUUAAUUGGAACUACUACUACACCGAGUGCAAGGGCCAGGGCAACAAUCCAUUCCAAGGAACGAUUUCGUUCGAUAACAUCGGUCUCGCCUGGGUUGCCAUAUUUCUUGUAAUUAGCCUGGAAGGAUGGACGGACAUAAUGUAUUACGUGCAAGACGCCCACUCCUUCUGGGACUGGAUAUACUUCGUUCUCCUGAUAGUCAUCGGCUCGUUCUUCAUGAUCAACCUCUGCUUGGUCGUAAUCGCGACGCAAUUCUCAGAGACGAAGAAGCGGGAGAUGGAGAGGAUGCGGCUGGAGCGCGCGCGUUAUCAUUCGACCUCGACGCUCGCCUCGUCCACGAAUACUUCGGAGCCUACUACUUGUUACGCCGAAAUCGUCAAAUACAUCGGCCAUCUCUGGCGGCGGGGUAAACGAAGACUGAUGAAGAGAUAUCGCCUGUGGCUGUACAGGAGGCAGCAGAAGCGGGAGCAGAAUCUACUCAAGGAACAGCAGAGUCAAACGUCACGUACGAACGCCGCUGCUGUCGGACCGAAUCGCGUACCGGGCGAUAGAAGACUGCAUCACGGGAGGUGUCCGCGGCUUCUCGCCGCGCUGGAAUAUGCGGAGCAACAGCAGCAGCAGCAGCAGCAGCAGCAGCAACAGGCUGCCGGUGGUAACGGCGGGUCUGUCGCCGAUUUCGCCGCGAUCACAUCUCCGACGCAAUCGGCCGUGGCAAUCGCCGCCCCCGCGACCGUCGUCAAUAGCGUUGGUGGUAGCGGGAACCUGGGCACCGCGCCCCGAGCCAGCCCCGAGCUUUCCGAGGCCGAGGUUUCCGCGAACGUGUGCCACCGAUUGAGCGUCCAUCGCGCCUCCUCCGUGUCCUGCAACGGGAGCGAGAACGCCGUCGUGGGAAACGCGGCCGAGACGAACAGCACGUUGUUGAGUCCACCAUGUACGCAUUAUCGAAGAAGAAGCAGCGUAAUGUUUAGCGACGUGGUACUGCUCCAUGGCAGCAAUAAUGUCGGGAAUGCGUUGCAGCCGGGGUUGACGGUGACACCGGGCGAACGUAACGUCUGCUCGAGCGAGAAGAUGACGCAGACGGGCGAUGGUAACGUUUGGUCCAGUCAGCUGCCGGACCACGCACAGAUGCAGGCUGAACUGGGCGGCAACGAGGCUAUGACGUGUCAGGAAUUGCUGGCUCUCAGCGGUGCUCUCAGCGCUGCUCUGCCCACCGGCCAGCUAGCACUCGACUCGUUUCUAAAUUCUCUCACGAAAGGUAUAACAGAUCGUCACAUCACGUUGGAAGAACGCACGCAAUGGCUGACGUCUGACGUUGACAAUUGUUCCUGUUGCUGCGAGCUGCAGGGAGGCGACCAGUGGCCAGACGACGGUGAGAAGUGGCAAAAGUCCUCGCGGCGUAGACGGUUUCUGAGACGCGCCUGUAGCUGCUGUAUCUGCACGUUACGCUGCAUAAGACGGUGGAUCAAGAAGCUUGUCGAGCACAAGUACUUCCAGCAGGGUAUUCUACUAGCCAUCCUUAUCAACACUUUGAGCAUGGGAAUCGAGUAUCAUAAUCAGCCGGAACAAUUAACGGUGGCCGUUGAGAUAAGCAAUAUCGUAUUUUCGGCAAUCUUCGCAGUGGAAAUGAUGCUUAAGGUAACAGCGGAAGGCCCCUUCGGUUAUAUCAGCAAUGGCUUCAACGUUUUCGACGGCAUCGUCGUAAUCCUGAGCGUCGUCGAGCUCUGCCAAUCAGUCGUGGAGGAACGCAGCGGUAGUUCCGGUCUGAGUGUCCUACGUACCUUCCGCCUCCUCAGGAUCCUGAAGCUGGUGCGAUUCCUGCCGAAUCUGCGACGACAGCUCUUCGUGAUGCUGCGCACUAUGGAUAACGUUGCCGUAUUCUUUUCUCUUUUAGUACUUUUCAUCUUUAUAUUCAGCAUCCUAGGAAUGUACCUGUUCGGGGGUAAGUUUUGCAUGUGGGCGGACCGGAGUCGGCCCUGCACCUGUGCCGAGGUGGUCUCGCGGCACCCAAUGUGUCGCUGUGACCGCAAACAUUUCAACGACAUCGUCUGGGCACUAGUCACUGUUUUUCAGAUCCUCACGCAGGAAGAUUGGAACGUCGUCCUCUUCAACGGCAUGCAGAAGACGUCUCAUUGGGCUGCACUUUAUUUCGUAGCAUUGAUGACCUUCGGCAAUUACGUCCUCUUUAAUCUUCUAGUCGCCAUUCUCGUUGAAGGUUUCUCGUCAGAGAGAAACGAGAGGAGAGAACGAGAGCAGAGGGAAUUGGCGAAAAGGCUCGCUGCAAAAGAGGCUGGAAUGGGUAGCGAGGACGGAUCGUCGAGAAUAUCGGGAUCGCAUUCGAUCUCUGACAGCGAUACGUAUACACAGGAUCAAAAGAAUUCGUGGCAGAGCGCGGAAGAACUCAGGAAGUACAAGGACAACAGGGAGAAGCAGAACAGCGUAUGGAAACAGCGGAUCGAUGAACCUAAGUGUAACAUCCAGAAAGAGAGCAAGAUGAUGGGUGUGGCAGGUCAGCCGCCGAUAAUCACUCAUACGGCAGCCACUCCACAAGACUCCCCGAACACCACGUUGGACGUCGGCUACAGAGACCUCAAUUGCCGAGCAGUUUAUCCGGCUGCUGCCCUUUCAAUCGAGUCGAUCGAUCGAUCUGGCAGUCAGUGCAGUAUACCCUCGGGGUUGCUAAAACUACCCGACGUAUCCAACAAAAUACCGACGAAUAACUUAAUAGCUGGUCAAUUCCCGAGACGCAUAAGCCUCGUUACGGCCGUUGUUAAUCCCUCGACGAGGGACUCGAGUUCUAGUCCGCCGAGGGUACAAAGAGGAUACUCGUGGCGCUUGUCACGGCCAUCUUUGCGGAGGAAACGAUGGUCGCAAAGCGAUGACGAACACACCGGCCACACGACUGUACUCAAUAAUGGGCGCAGUACUCUCGUUGGAUCCAAUCUAACAUUUAAUGGCGGUUACUUACACGGUUCGAUAAGAAACGAUACGCAACGCGACGCACCCAAUAAUCGAACUACCGUCCUGACAAGCAAUAAUCGUAGUUUGAGUCCUAAUAAUUCACUUGACAGCCACGGCCCAUGGUCGAUUCGUCGUUACACAGUUACGCCUAAUCAAAUGCGAUGGGUCGGCGAGCUUUCUCGGAGGAAUUCACUGCGCGGUUACGAGAAUGUUCAGACGUCCACGAGGAAGACGCUGCCACUGGACGAGAUGCUCGCGCCGUCCUCGACCCCACGCACGAUCAACAAUCUCUCGAUGGAGACCGGUCCACUGCCGAGAAUCAAGCGACUCCACGAACGGGAAGAGGAACGUGUGAGAACGGGCGAGCAUACGCCGCCGUCGAACGGCCACGGUAGCGCGAGCAGCAUUGAGAAAAUCAAAAAGAUAUUCAUGUUCUUCGAACCUAAGGGCUGCCUGCAGGAGCGUGACAAUUAUUCCUUGUAUUUAUUCCCACCAAAUAACAGAUUUCGCAUUUUGUGUCAAUGGCUCGUGGAUCAAAAAUGGUUCGACAAUGUGGUAUUGUUAUUUAUCGGAUUAAAUUGCAUUACUCUGGCGAUGGAACGACCGAACAUACCGCCGGACAGUCGCGAGAGACUUUUUCUGGCCACCGCGAAUUACAUUUUUACAGCCGUUUUCGCCAUUGAGAUGUUUAUUAAGGUUGUCGCAACGAGCAUGUUGUAUGGUGCAGACGCUUAUUUCACAUCAGGCUGGAAUAUCAUGGACGGGUCUCUCGUUAUCAUUUCUAUAAUUGAUUUAUCGAUGUCGCUGCUCUCAGCCAGUAGCCCCAGAAUAUUUGGCAUAUUAAGGGUAUUUAGACUGCUGAGAUCGCUGAGACCUCUGCGAGUCAUCAAUCGUGCACCUGGCUUAAAACUGGUCGUCCAGACAUUGCUGUCUUCGUUGCGACCCAUCGGCAACAUCGUUCUCAUCUGCUGCACGUUUUUCGUGAUUUUUGGCAUCCUCGGGGUGCAGCUGUUCAAGGGUGCGUUCUAUUACUGCGAGGGCCCCGAUAUCAAGAACGUACGCAAUAAAACGGAUUGCCUGUCCGACAAGCGAAACGUGUGGCUAAACAGAAAGUACAAUUUCGAUGAUCUUGGCAAAGCCCUUAUGUCGUUAUUCGUUUUAUCGUCGCGAGAUGGAUGGGUAAACAUCAUGUACACCGGUCUAGACGCUGUUGGGGUCGAUCAGCAGCCUGUCGAGAAUUACUCCGAGUGGCGAUUAUUGUAUUUCAUCGCAUUCAUAUUGCUGGUGGGUUUCUUCGUGCUGAACAUGUUCGUCGGCGUGGUGGUCGAGAACUUUCACAGGUGCCGCGAGGAACAGGAGAAAGAGGAGCGCGUGCGAAGGGCGGCCAAGCGCGCGUUGCAGAUGGAGAAAAAAAGACGAAAGAUGCACGAAACGCCGUAUUACACCCGUUACUCCAAAUCGCGGCUGUUCGUCCACAACGUCGUGACGUCCAAGUACUUCGACCUGGCGAUUGCCGCCGUUAUCGGUCUCAAUGUCGUCACGAUGGCGAUGGAGUUUUACAUGAUGCCGAAAGCGCUCACUUACGCGUUGAAGAUCUUCAACUACUUCUUCACCGCCGUCUUCAUUCUCGAAUCCAUAAUGAAACUUGUCGCCCUCGGCGUGCAGCUCUAUAUGAAGGAUAAGUGGAACCAAUUGGACGUGGGAAUAGUGAUACUGUCAGUAGUCGGCAUCGUGCUAGAAGAGGUCGAAUCUAAGAUUAUCCCCAUUAAUCCUACAAUAAUUCGCGUAAUGCGAGUGUUGCGAAUAGCCCGGGUGUUGAAGCUGUUGAAAAUGGCGAAGGGCAUACGCGCCCUUUUGGACACGGUGAUGCAGGCAUUGCCGCAGGUCGGCAAUCUGGGGCUGUUAUUCUUUCUACUCUUCUUUAUAUUUGCGGCGCUAGGAGUGGAACUCUUCGGUCGACUAGAAUGCAACGAUGAAAUGCCUUGCCAGGGUCUUGGCGAGCACGCGCACUUUAGUAAUUUCGGCAUGGCCUUUCUGACGCUUUUCCGGGUCGCCACUGGUGACAACUGGAAUGGAAUCAUGAAGGACACGCUGAGGGACGAUUGCGACGAUGCGGCGGACUGUGUGAAAAAUUGUUGCAUCAGCAGUAUCAUCGCGCCGAUAUUUUUCGUCAUUUUCGUUUUGAUGGCGCAGUUUGUACUGGUGAACGUCGUUGUCGCCGUGCUGAUGAAACAUCUAGAGGAAAGUCACAAACAGAUGGAGGACGAGCUUGACAUGGAAGUGCAGCUGGAGAGAGAAUUGGCGGCGGAGCAGGAGGAACUUCUCGAGGAGGAAGAUGAGGACGACAUGGCGAUGAAUGGUAGAAUAGACGGUGGUGAGGAUGACGACGACGAUGAUAAGGAGCGCGAGUCGAUGGUGGUAAAUGAAAAAAUACACGUCGCGAGACCAGGAUUGGCCAAAGUUCGAUCAUUACCUGCAAAUUUUAUUUACAACCCACCGAGGGAGAGAAACAUCGAUGAUGCCUCCAUUUCCGUGUCCUUGGACGAGAAACGUCGCAGUUCGUAUUAUCACAGUUCGAGUUCAAGACCGUCCAAGUUUAAAUCGAAACGCCGGCAAACCUUCCACUCGAGCCACCAUCAACGAAGGUCACUGCUGCCGAUGCACUUCGAGGUCGCCGAAGUCUUUGAGAAACCUGUGAGCAAUCUGAGCGUGCCUCGAAUUAUUCCACAUCGCAGCUACGCCACGACUAGUCAAGACGCCAGUCGCGUACAACGUCAGAAGCUGCCGGUGAUUACGAGUGAAAUACGUGAAAAUAAGUCUCUGUUAACCGUGAGCAAGCCGCCGACCAGCCCCUCGCUCAUCACUUCCCCCGGCUCGAGCAGCACCCUGAGCGUCCCGCCGAGACUGACUAGCGAUCGCUACCUCAUGCCGACCGCCGAGAUGUACCCGUCCAAGGCAACAAUGAGCCGCCGGACAUCGAGCGACACGCAAUCACCGUCGCUAUCGGAUACGAGCCCGAGCGCGAGCCCGAGCGCGAGCGCGAGCGCGGCCGCCGGUACCAGCAGCUCGCGUACGCCCAGCAUCGCGAAUGGCUAUGCCGGCGGCAAAAUUCGACUAGAGGAACCAAAGGCGAAGACGUCAGACGAGAGAAGACGUCCAACGACGGCGCCUCAAGAAGACCUCGAUGUGCAAUCCGUUAUCAACGAGAGGAGACCGUCCAAGCUGAAGACGCACGACCCCACCGGUGCGUCCACCACCACCAGCAUCACCAGCGAUCAGUACAGCGCGAUGAUGCGCGGCGAGGGCUACAGCCAUAUCUACGUCACCACCGAGGACAGGUCCGACGAGGUCCCGUCACCGUGUGGCAACGCGAGCGAGAGCACUGGUACCGGCAGCCCGAGCGUCGCCGGCAGCCUCAGCGCCGUCGCCAGUCUCAGCGUCGCCGUCAGUACCGGCGCGGCUGGCACCAUCAGCAACGGUAGUGGCAACGAUAGCGGUAGCCGAAACGGCAACGGCAGCGGCAGCGGCGGCGGGGUGCACAUCGGCGAGGGCGGCGCUAUCGGAUCCGACGUGAGAAUAUACGUGGACGACACGGACUCGACGAGCAGCAGCAACGGGCAACGGCGCGGCGGCAGAUUACGCGACGACGAGACCACCCAGGACGCCUCGACCACCGUCUCCUCCGCUACGACGAUGCGAAACGGCAGAGGCAGCGGCGGCACGGACGAGAGCAAGGAGACACCCGAGAGACCGUCCUCCACCGGUGGGUCCUUGGAUCCCUCUUAAUCCAGGGCGAGCGGGUCGAUGUAGUCUCUGGUUGUACGUACGGGAUGUUUCGAAGGGUUGCAACGUGGUAUACACUGCACGGCGGAAACACACCACGAAGGAAGAUCGCGGAAGGGGUUUAAGAAAGGGCUCUAAGAAAGACUGUAGUGCAUGACAAUAUAGUCGUUAUAUUCUAGUCACUUCGCCGCCGUGAACUUGCCAGAAAUGAUCAAGCCGAGCUUUUAAAUGGAGAUUGAACUUUUGGAAGCAAGGGGAGAGCGGGAGAGAGAGAGAGAGAGAGAGAGAAUACGAAAAGAAUAUCUCGUGCAUCGCGUAAACGAGAUACGAUCGCACGAAUGGCAUGAUGUAAUGUAAUUAGAAGAAUCUAUCGAUGCGUAGCGCAUAACGGCUACGCAAAACGCGCGACGUCCGCGCAUCACGCAACUUGAAAACCUAUGACAAUCUCUUAUUGCCAACGGAACUGACCUUGUUGUUCCGUUUCCGAAGCGUCAAUGGAAGUCGAUUCGUAGGAAUUGGUAGGAAGAAGAACGACGUAGGGUCGCGUCGAUAAAAAUUAGAAAAAAAAAGAGAAGAGAGAGAGAGAGAAAAAAAUUUCAGUAGUUUAUAGCUAGAUUUUAUGUGUCGAGUCUACGCGACGAAACUGCAAUUAAUUGGACCACACCCUCUCGCCUUUCCUUAUUCUCUACUCUUGGAAAUUGCGCGCGGUUCGCCGAUUGGAAAACAAAGGUGUCUACAAUCGAUCGAUGUGGAUCCUAGUCAUCGGAUCGACUAACGAGAAUGAUAAUUAAUCGGUCAAAGUGGACUGAUGUAAAUCGUUUGCGAUUAUAUAUACACGUGCCUGAUCUUUUAACUAGAAUAAUCAGAUUUAUAUAAAUUCCAAUUCGUCUAGAAGGGACAUGAUAAUCAGUUUUACAUUUUAGUGUCGGAAUAAUCUAGAGACUUCGAUUUUCACGAUUAACACCUAUCAGUUGGAAAGAUUCGAUCGAUCAAUUGUGACGAUUAUUGGACAAUCGGCGUUCGAGAAUCGUGAUUUAUCUUCGUUUCGUUCACUUCACUCUUUUCACACAUUAGAGCGUUCUUCUCGUUGACAUCUGUGAUAUACUUUAAUCGUAGUGUAUUUCCUAACGGUAACAGCAAAUAUCAGAACGAAAUCGUAACAUCAGCAGCAGCAGCAGCAGCAGCAACAGCAGCAGCAAGGAACAGCAACCAUUUAGAGAUGUAGCUGACUUUUUAAUAAAACGAAAACCAAUGUUUCGGUGGCUUUCGUGGGGCGUAAAAAUAGAGAGACAAAACAAAGAUAAAUAGGAACUCUAUACUGUACAUACAUACAUCUACGAAUAUUCUAUACUCUACACUUGGUGUGGUUUAUUUUGAUACUACCGCGUGCGGUAAUAUAUUUAACGAUUGUCGAAGUAAAUCUAACAAAAAAAAAGAAAUAAGAAUAAACAACUCUAUGCCUUUUACGAGCGUUGACGAACCUUCGUGCGGUGGUGGUGCCCGCGUUUUCUUUCUUUUUCACCUGCGAAAGGGAGACCGACGACUCCAGCUACCCUUUGUCGGGUCGAAGGUGUAGUCGCUAAAAUCAUGCUCGGGCGCGCCGGGCGCGUCGCAUUGCUUGAAAAAAAAAUAGUAGAAAUUGUCGAACGAUCGAUCGCUCGGUCAAUAUUGCGUUUCAUUAAAAAGAUUUAACAAAGUCUUGAGCCGUGCUUUGAGUUUAAGUGGAAUUCCUGAUCCACUGUUGAGCGAGAUAAUCGGAUCAUUGAAUCGUCGAUGGAAGCAUUGUGGUGAACACGUAUGUUAGGUUCCACGGAGUUGCACUUAACACCAGAAUGGCUGAGAAUUUGCUAUCUAGAAGAAUAGUUUCUUAUACAACGUGCAUGAGAACAAUUGUAUAGCAAGAAUAUAAAUCCGUGACUUCUCGUUUCUCGGAGAGUUUUCUACUGGUACUUUAUUGUGAAUUGCAUACGUUUUUUACACUUAAUUAUUUCUAACAUGGCCGGCUUUCACAAAUCGAGAUAUUCGAAAUAGCGUUUAAAAAUGAAAUGUAUGAUUUACACAGCUUAAAACUUUUUAUUAUUACGUAAAAGAGAAACUAAGACUUGAGACACUUUUACACAAUCUUUAUAAAAUUUCGAAAGAAUAUGUAGUGAUAACUGUCUUUGCCGUUCUGGUGGUAAAUCUCAACUGGAAACGACGUGGCACAAAAAAAACAAUACGUAGCAAGCACAGACAGAAGCAACGAGCGACUCCGUAUUGCUAUCAGAUCAUGCUAAGUCGAAUUCAGAGCAAGCGAAUGAGCACGCGAAUGAACAAUGGCGCAAGCACCGUUUGCACUUACUGAAGCAACUUGUUCAUUCGUGUUCGUUUCCUUGGUCCAGGAUCGGCUUUAGACAUAAGGAAAGUACGUAGAUAAUCUCGCAUCCACGCGCUUACGUACAUGUACUCGCGUUUUCUUCGGCACCACGACCGGCUCUCGAUAGCUCGAUAGCGUUAGACGACUGACCUCCGAAUUAUAGUUACUCUAGACACGCGCCGAUUACGAUCGUGCGCGAGUUCGCCGAUCAGCUGCACACGUAUCGAUAGUCCGGCAAUUGCGUACUAUAUAAAAAAAAACAAAAGAGAUACAUAGGAACAUCGGUUCAAGAGGAUGGAGGAAGGUAAAGUGUCAUUAGAGAAUUUUACGAUCGUGCGUAUGUGUGCACGCGUAACGGGGAGAGGAGAUGUCGUAUUGAAACUCGCAGCGUGCCUCUCGAGUCUGUUCUUCGCCCGUAGAGAAGGCAGUGCGUAAUCGUCGAAUUAAUGAAAGCGCAAAACUACAAGAAAAAAGAAACCAAGAGAGCACAGCGGAGAGAAGCAGAAACCAAAAUCGGGCCGCGGCCGGCCCCCCCGGAAUAUAUAACAUGCUAUUUUAAUUACGGUAAUGGGGUGUGUAACGGCCGAUGUCCGUAGAACCGUCGGGGAGCGUCUUUUCCUGUCUGCCUGAUGUCCUGCAUGUAUGCGGUAUUCGAUGGCUGGUGAUGCGAAACUUUGGCCUUCGCGCCACCACGCGAAAGCGGAGAAUAUGAUAAGAAUGUUGGGGUACGUGUGCGACGUAUGGGGAGAGAUUCGAGAUAGCGGGGAGUUCGAGGGAAAAAAAACUAAAAUAUGUACAAAUGUAAUAAAUCGAGCGACGAUUACGUUGAAA